AUGGAUUCUACGAAUCCAUAUUAUCAGUCUUCUUCUUACUUAAACUUGCUUAACAGUCAAGAAUCCGUUGGUAGAGAUGAAAACUUUCGUUUUGAAAGUUAUCAACCUUCUGGACAGAACAGCUCACAAAUGCCUGCUUUCAGCUCCCAACCUUCUGAGGCGCCACCUCUUUCUCAAGAUACACGAGUGGAGCGCAAGGAGAGAAAGACAUGGGCACCUGCUGAUGAUGAAGUACUGAUCUCUGCAUGGUUCAACACUUCAAAGGAUCCCAUUGUGUCUAAUCAACAAAAGGGAGGAAGCUUCUGGACGAGGAUUAGCCGGUACUAUGCUGACACUCCUCAUGCUAGAAAUAGUGGGGAACAGAUGCUGGUGACACAUUGCAAGCAGCGUUGGCACAAGAUAAAUGACCAAACUAACAAGUUUUGUGCGGCAAUGGCUACUGCAGAGAGACUGAACAGUUCUGGGCAUUCGGAAAUUGAUAUCCUAAAGAAUGCACAUGAAAUCUACUUCACUGAGCAUAACAAGAGGUUCAACCUUGAACAUUGUUGGUGUCUGUUAAAGAAUGAGCAGAAAUGGCUAAGCCUUAAUGCUAUUAACACGCCUCCAUCUCAGCCUGCAACAAAGAGAAAACCAGCUGCCGAAGGUUCACAAUCAUCAAGCUGCAAUGUUGAGAACUGUGAGGAUAGGCCAGAAGGGGUCAAAGCUGCAAAGGUGAAAAGAAACAAUUCUCAGUCCACAAACACGAAGAGUCUUGCUGAGUAUAAGAGCAUGUGGGAUGUCAAGAAAGAGGAAUUGGCUGAGAAGGAGAAACUACAAAAGCUGGCCAUCCUAGACACUCUCUUAGCCAAAAAAGAACCCUUGAAUGCGAGUGAAGAAAUUAUUAUGAACAAGAUAGUGUCUCAGUAUUUAUGA